AUGUUUCCAUGUGUAUUCAGGAAAUAUAUUGAAGUAGAAAAACUACUGAAAUAUUCCGAUUUUUAUGGUCUACCAGACCAAACUGAAUUAAGAGCUCUUAGCAUGUUUAGAGAUUACAAGAAUAAGUUUACUAAUCUGAAAUAUAAAAAAAAUAUUACAGAUGAUAAAUUUAUAUCAGGAUAUGCUCAAACAAUUAAUCAUAUCCAUGGUAAUGUUUUGGUUAUGACAUUUUCACAAAAAAUAUUGGAUGGUGAUGCACUUGCUAUAGGAGAUACUUCUGGUAAUGUGUCUCUUUAUAAUACAGCCAACAAUUAUACAAAUACUUCCCAGGACAGGUUUUUGCUCAUUUCUAAGAAAAUUCACAAUGGAACUAUUACAGAUAUAAAAUUUCAGCCUGUAUAUAGCAAUAAUUUUGCCAAAGAGAAUUAUUUAUAUUCUUCAUCAACAGACAGUUUCUUAGUAAAAUUAGAUAUUGAAUAUACUAAAGCUAUUUGGAAAACUAAAGCACACAAAGAAUGGAUUAAGCAAUUUGCAUUUGCACCUCAGAAUCAGUCAAUUAUUGCUACAGUUGGGAAUGAUGGAGCUUUGUAUAUUCAUGAUGAUAGAACUCUUUCUAAUAAAGCCCUAAAAAGACUUGGAUCCCUUAAAAUAAAUACAAACCAUGAAAUAGAUGACAAUAUAGAAUCUCAAAUAUAUGAAGUUGUAUCUAAUCCAAUAUCUGAAUUAGUAGGGAUUCAUAGCAUCCAUGAUUUAUCUAGUGCAAGUUCUAUAAUAAAGAAACAUCGUACUUCAAAAAAAAGAUUACUUAUACAAAGUAAGGGAACAUCAAUAAGCGGAGUGACAUUUUUAAAUGGAAAUUAUUACAUUGCUACAAGUGGGUGUACAGAUGGCCUAAUUAAGUUGUGGGAUAUUCGUAAAGUAUCUUCAUGCAAUAAAGAUCCUAAGGCAUUGUUGACAUUUUCUCCUCAAGUAAAAGAUAAAGUUAGUAAAAGAUUUAAUAAUAAUUUAAAUUGUGGAAUUAUAUGGAUGAAUAGAGAUGAACGCUUUCAAAAACUUGCAAUUCAGACAACUCGCGGUGUUGCCUUAAUUUAUGAUAUACCUUCGUUGUUGAAUUUGCAGAACUCUGUGAAAUUGGCGACUUUAUAUCCUGAAGAAAGUGGAAGCAAUUCAAGCAUUUCAAUGGAUUAUACUGAACAGUUUUCAUCAAGAAAUGUAGAGUAUAAUCAUCGCCCUUCUUUAUCUUCAUGUGGAUCUUGGUUUGCCACGCCAAUUAACUCUGGAUCAAAAUUAUGUAUUUAUAAAUUAGAAAAUAGUAAAGUGCUAAGAUUUUCUACUUUGUGUUCUGAACAAUUUAAUUCAUGUUUAUUUCAAUGUGUAGCUUGGAAAAAAAGUUUGCAAUUUAACUCGAUACCCGUGGAAUUGCCACGGGUACCUAUGAAAGCGGUGCAUUAUGAAAAUAGCUUUUAUAAUUUAAUAAAUGUGGGGGGGCACUCUCCAUGUUUAGCAAUUGGUACAAACAAUAAUUUAAUAAAAAUAUUGAAUAAAGAAAUUUUUACACCAUUCAUGAGUGAUGAUAUAUCAGCAAUAGAUGAUAUUAAUAUGGAUAUAGUAAAGGAUGUGGUGCCUCUUGAUAAAAUUCUAAACUCAAAGUGGGUAUCUAACGAAAAUUUCUCUUUUAGCAGCUCUUAUGAUGAAGAUGCUGACUUUAUGAAUCAGUUAUCAUUAUCUUCUUCACUUUCAAUACCAAUACCUAAGUCUAGAAAUAGCCUUGAACAAGGUCAGGAAAGUGUAAAUUAUAGUACUGAAAGUGAUAUCUCAAGUAAUAUGAACUCGUCUUCAAGUUCUGCAAAAUCCAAGAAGACUGGAUUUCUUACAAUGACAAGUAUUAAGAAGUCAACUAUGGAAACAUCUUUGGAGAAUCGCGAAGUUGUAACAGUAGAUAAGGAUUUCCACUUUGAAACUGUAGAAGAAACUCCUUAUAGACGCAGCAUUCCAUUUUUUAAUUCAUCUCAAGAUAGUGUAGGUUAUCCUGCUCCAUAUAGAGGUCAGAAUGAAUAUAAUUCAGCUUCUCAGGAAAGUCUAGAAACUCCAAUACCUUUGGAAAGGUACUCCAGUUCUACUGAACAGGGUAAUUAUAUUGAAGAAGAGUCACUGUAUGAAAAAAGUGAAGACAGAAAUAGAGUAGUUACUCACUCAAAUGUAAUUCAAAUACCCCUUUCACAGCCGAAUGAAGAAUUUUAUACUACUCCCUUAUUAUAUUCAGAUUCUAAAUCAGAAAAUAGUGGUUUUAAUUCUACUUUAAUUCAAGAGGUUAUGGAUAAAGAUUUCUGUAUGGAGAAUUUAGAUUUAAAUCAAGACUUUCAUAAUAAAUGUGAAGACCUAUCUAUUAAUGGAAGUAACGAUGAAAAUUCGAAGGGAUUUAAACAGAGAAAGUUAGAUAGUUGGUUGCGUUCUAAUCUUAAAUCAGAAGAUGUGAGUGUUAGCAAUAUUAGUAACGUUGGUAAUCAGACUACUUCUGAUUACACAAAAUAA